AUGCCUAUGCCUCCCUGGCUUCAAGACGAAGCCCCGGGCUUUUCAACUUCACCAUGGACAACCCCAUUGCAGGCUCUCGAGCCACGACGAGUAAAACAUUUCACCAUGGCUCAACUUACUCCAGACCAAACGUAUUCGAUACACGUUGCUACUCUGGUUAUUGCGUCCGCCAGUAUCCUCGCAACGAUAGUUACUUCUUUCUGGUUCUUUCGUAUGAGACGAAGUUUUCGACAUGACGACAUGUUUAAAUCUUUCUGGCUACUCCUGUUCCCCGCCGUCGAACUCGUUGCCGGAAAAAUCGAAACAGAUGAAACCUUUUGCCAAGUCAGCGGAUUUUUUCUUGCCCUAAGUAUAGAGGCAUCCGACGUUUCUGUCGCUCUCAUCUCGGUCCAUACUGCAUUAUUUAUCUUUCGUGGCGAGCAGGGCCUUUAUCCUUACCGAAAGGCUGCCUACGCUCUCGCCGCCAUCCUCCCUGUCGUGAUGGCUUCACUGGCAUUUAUCGAGGGUCCUGGCUACAUCAACACAGGCCAAUUUUGCUAUCUUCCGUUUAACCCCAUGUGGAAACGACUCGCUCUCUCUUGGAUUCCUCGCUACCUCGCUUUUGCAAUCAUCCUUUUUCUAUGUAUAGGGAUAUACAUCUACGUUCGUGUCUUGAUGAGUCGCUUUGGUGCGGGAAACGAGAGUUCAAGAAACACUCUCUCCAAAAUGUCUGGCUUUGACAGCCUCGAACCAAUACAACAACCAGCAGCAGCUGUUCCUCCGACACCAACAAUUAAAUAUCACGGGCUGAUCCCAUCGUCCAACACUUCACGACGGAAUUCAUUCACCAUUGCCGAAGACCCUACCAGGCCCUCUCUAUCUACACUCAACUCGUUCAAUCUGGACAUGCCUGGAGGCACACAUGCCAAGCUUCACUCGGCGCGAAUGGCUCGUCGAGGUUCAGCGCAGAUGUGGAUGGCUAACCACGGCACUGAUCUGGCCUCCCAGUCAGAGCAAGCAGAAGUGGACUCUCAAAGUUCGACAGGAACUGCGCGGUGGGAUUCUGAUGAUUUGAUUGCGCCUACAGCCGUUUACACAAACUAUGAACUUCAAAACCAGACACCUGCUCCACCAGUAACAAGACCGUCAUUCGUGACGCGACAGUCUUCAUAUCUUUCUACGACUGCCACUACACCAUCUAUUCCCAACAUAUUCACCAUACUUCACCGCAAAACGGUGCGUCCCGAGACCGAAGAAAACGACCUCGUUCUGACCCAGAGCGAUAUCAACGCACCCGGAACUGUCAAGACGCGCGAAAAGAUCUUGCGCCAACUUCGAUUACUUUUCAUAUAUCCUAUAGUCUAUGUUGUCAUUUGGAUCCUGCCAUUUAUUGUCCAACUUACAGGAUAUGGUAAAGGAGCACCUUAUGGCAUGCGAUUGGCCAGCAUUGUCUUUCUCUGUUUUCAUGGCUUGGUUGAUUCUCUGGUCUUUUGCAUAAAGGAGAAGCCUUGGAGACACAGCCAAGCGUAUAAUCAAAUUUUCAAACGCUCCAACUUACAAUUUUGGAAACGAAGACAAGAAGCACCCGAUGUAGGUGCAAGGGUAGGACGCACAAGGGAGGAAAUGACACUCGACUCGAAAUUCGCCAAGCAGAGACGAGAACAAGAACAGGCCGAGUGGGAGCUGCAGCGUCAGGCUGCCCAGGACCAUAGGGUAACCAGAGCUCCCGACUGGUGGGAUAGAGACGAUUGA